UUAUAAACCGCGCUCGAUGGCGGUCGCGGCCAGUGACUGACGCACCGCCGCGGAGUGCCACAGAGUGCGCGAACGACAAGAAACACACGGCCGCCGACAUGCUCGUGCUCGUCCUGGUGUCCGUGGUGGCCCUGCUGGCCGGGGCGCUCUACUUGUUCCUGGAGCGUCGCUACUCCACGUGGAAGCGCAAGGGCGUGCCCGGCCCCAAGGCGUCCGUCCUGGCGUUCAACGUGCCCAAGGUGAUGCUGGGCCAGGAGAACAUGGGCGACGUGACGGACCGCAUCUACAACGAGUACCGUGACAGCCCCUUGGCCGGCACGUACAUGUUCGGCAGCCCCCUGCUGCACCUCCACGACACGGAGAUCAUCAAGCACGUCCUCAUCAAGGAGUUCCAGGACUUCAACGGGCGCGGUAUCGGGGCCUCGGUUUCAAACGCCGCCGUGGACCCCCUAGCCACGCACCUGUUCUUCCAGUCCGGACAGCCAUGGAAGACCCUGCGGGUGAAGCUGGCGCCCGCUUUCACCUCCGGCAAGAUCAAGUACAUGUUCGAGACCAUCCGCGAGUGCUCCUACCAGCUCUCUGACUACCUGGACGAGCGCAUCGCCGCCAACGGGGGCUCGCACUGCGAGGACUCGCGCACCCUCAUGAUGCGCCUGUUCGUGGAUACCAUCGCCUCGGUCGUGUUCGGCAUCGAGAGCAACGUCGUCAAGAACCCUGAGUCGGCGUUCUUCACGGCCGCGCAGGAGGCCGUGAAGCCCAACCUGACCAACGCGCUGCGCUCGCUGCUCGCGUUCUUCGCCCGCCGCUUCAUGGAGGCCUUCAGCAUCAGGAGCACCAGCCCGGCCACCACCAAGUUCUUCCUCGACGUCGUGAGCGACACCGUCGACUACCGCGAGAACAACAAGGUGGAGCGCCCCGACCUGCUCAGCCUACUGAUCCAGCUCAAGAACAGGGGCUUCGUCGACCCGGACAAGGCCGACGGCAAGGUCGCGGAGCAAGGCCAACCCGGGGACAAGAAGCUGACCAUGAACGAGGUGGCCGCCAACGUCUUCGUCUUCUUCAUCGCGGGCUUCGAGAGCUCUUCCGGCACGUCCUCCUUCACGCUGUACGAGCUCGCCAAGCAGCCGGAACUACUGAAGAAGGUGCAGCAGGAGGUGGACCAGGUGCUGGCCGACUUCGACGGCAAGCUCACCUACGACGCCAUCAUGAGCAUGCCCUACCUGGAGAUGUGCAUCAAUGAGACCCUCCGAAAGUACCCGCCGCUCGCCUUCAUCACCCGGGAGGCCAUGGUGACCCGGAAGGUGCCGCUGACCGAGGUGACGGUGGAGAAGGGCACCAGGGUGGUGGUGCCCGUCCGCGCGCUGCACUACGACCCCCUGUACUGGCCCGACCCGGAGAAGUACGACCCCGAGCGGCACACGGCGGAGAAGAAGGCCACGCGGCCGGCGGUCACCUUCAUGCCCUUCGGAGAAGGUCCGCGAAUGUGCAUUGCGGCGCGCCUGGGGGUGGUGCAGAUCAAGACGGCACUAGUACGGCUGCUGUCCAAGUACACCGUGACGGUGAGCAAGGACGAGCCCGACAAGGUGAGGAUGAACCCCAAGAGCUUCGCCACCACCUCCGACAUGCCGCUCAACAUCACCUUCCACCCGAGGAAGGCCGCCGCCGGCAUCCAGAAGAGGCGGCAGAGCGUCGUGUCGGGCUAGGGAGCCGGUGACAGCGCAACUUGUCGUCAAAGAGCCAAAGACAUUGGAGUGGUGUGGGUACACAGCCUGCCACAUCCCGAACUCCCAACUCAUCAUGAAUUACAUCGUAAUCACAAGUUCAUACGCAAAUGGUUCAAAUAAAUUGAGUUUAAGUCAUUGUAAAUACUUCAUUAGGUAUGGAAUAGUGUUGAAUUUUAAAGUGUAUAUUUGUUUCAUAUGUUUUACGUGUCCUAGUUUUAUACUGUUGUGUACUUUUGUUGAAUUAAAACCUAUUAUUACGUAUUGUUAA